GUCAAUCUACUUUUGGCCACCAGUGUACAAACAUCAAUUACCUCGUUCCAGGACAACCAAACUUUGCACUUUCCCCCAUCUACAACCCGUCAAUCAAACAACUAAAAGAAUAUUUUAGCAUAAAACCGUUUUCUUGUACGAAUCAGCGAGUGGUGCAAUAAAAACGUCGGGGGUCAAUAGACUCCGCUAAACCCCGUAUAAAAGGCCCUCAACACGAACCUUUUACGCCAUUCACAAACCGUUUAUUAAUUAUGAUCUGAAGAAGCAAAAUUUUAAAAAAUGGUUUUCGAAAAAUUGUUGAUUUGCGCCUUGUGUGUCUCGUACGUUUGCUGCGUCAGUGAUUUGCCGGAGGAAUCAUGUGAAACUUUGCCGUCUGAAAUACACAUUACUAAAGAGGAGUUCGAUGAGCUGGGGCGACUGCAACGCACGUGCAACGGUGACGUGGCGGUGAAUAAAUGCGAAGGCUCUUGUAGGAGUCAAGUUCAACCCUCUGUGAUCACACCAACUGGAUUUUUAAAGGAAUGUUAUUGCUGUAGAGAAAGUUAUUUAAGGGAACGGGUUAUAACUUUAACACACUGUUUCGACCCGGACGGGGUCAGAUUAACGGGCGAGGGCGACAAUUCGUUGGACGUGAAACUCAGGGAGCCCUCCGAGUGCAAGUGUUACAAAUGCGGGGAUUUUAGUCGAUAAAUUAAAUUUAUUGUAAAAAAUGCAUUUUUUACUAUUUGUAUAUUGUAUCGAUGUUUUAUAUGUUUGCUAACUUGGAAAUAUAUAAUAUACAUUAA